AUGUCUUAUAAUUCGACGCUUGACGACUUUUGCGGAUCAAAAUUUUGGGAUGCCAACCUAUCUUGGUACACUGAGAAUCCAGAGUUCACUCCCUGCUUUGAAAAGACUGUUCUUAUAUGGAUACCCUGUUCAUACUUGUGGGUAGCAGCUCUUUUAGAUGCUUACUACAUAUACAACAGUAAAGAGAGAAAUAUACCGUGGAAUGCAUUAAAUAUAUGUAAAUUAGUGUUCACAUUUCUACUGAUUGUAUUGAAGUUUGUGGAUUUGGGUGUCAUAAUACACAAAUCAUCGAACGAGGAAGUCUUCGAUGUUGAUUGUUAUGCACCAGUUGUGAAGAUUCUUACAUUUGCUCUAUCCGCGACGUUGCUUUACUACAACCGGAAGUAUGGCAUGCGAGCUUCCGGUGUGCUUUUCUUCUUCUGGCUGUUCUUAAUACUGGCAGGCCUGCCACAGCUGAGAUCCGAGAUCAUGAUGCACUACGAACUCACCGAGGACGAGAACGUCCAAUACAACUUUGUUAGCUAUAUGAUAUAUUAUCCGUUGAUAAUAUUAAUGUUUAUACUGAACUGCUUCGCGGAUCUACCUCCUAAAGAAUCGCCUUAUAAAUAUAAUAAGAAUCAAUGUCCAGAGAAUGCCUCAGGUUUUCCGAGUAGAUUGACCUUCAGUUGGUUCGAUCCCUUAGCGUUGACGGGAUUCAGGAGGAGUUUGGUGGAAAGCGACCUCUGGGCUCUCAACCCACAAGACUCGUCCAAAGAAGUCGUGCCCAAAUUCGAUAAAUUUUGGGAGAGAACAUUAAACAAAAGAGAAAAUGCGAACGGCACAAAAGCCACGUACAGCAAGACCUCGGCCAGCGUUAACUUCAAGCCGGAUAAGGAAGUCAAACCAGCGUCCAUUCUACCAGCGCUAUGUUUAGCAUUCGGUGGACAGUUCCUCUUCGGAGCACUUCUGAAGCUCAUCAACGACGUACUUAUGUUCCUAUCGCCUCAACUAUUGAAACUCCUAAUAGGUUUUGUGGACACGAAGGAGACAGUGUGGAAGGGUUACUUGUACGCGGUCUGUCUGUUCGCGUGCGCCACCGCCCAGACGUUACUGCUGUCGCACUACUUCACGAGAAUGUACCUUGUGGGUAUGAGAAUAAGGACGGCUUUGACUAGCGCUGUGUACAGGAAGUCCCUGAGGAUAUCAAACUCGGCUAGGAAGGAGACGACUGUUGGUGAAAUCGUUAACCUCAUGGCUGUUGAUGCACAGAGGUUCGUGGAGCUGACUGCGUAUCUCAAUAUGAUAUGGUCGGCUCCUCUACAAAUAGCAUUGGCGCUGUACUUCUUGUGGGGUAUUCUUGGUCCGUCUGUAUUAGCCGGUUUAGCAGUUAUGAUAGUGCUAAUACCGGUCAACGGACUCAUAGCGAACAGAGUCAAGACCUUACAGAUCAGACAGAUGAAGUACAAGGACGAACGGGUCAAGCUAAUGAACGAAGUGCUCAAUGGAAUUAAGGUCCUAAAAAUGUACGCGUGGGAACCUAGUUUCGAAGGUCAGAUACUUAAAAUAAGAAAUAAAGAAAUGAACGUUUUGAAACAAACGGCGUAUCUUAAUUCAGCCACCUCGUUCAUAUGGUCCUGCGCACCUUUCCUGGUGACCUUCCUAACUUUCUUCACUUACGUUAUUUCUGAUCCAGUAAACCAUGUGUUGAAACCUGAUAAGAUAUUUGUAUCGAUGUCCCUGUUCUAUAUAAUGCACCUGCCGUUAGGGUUGCUCCCCAUCAUCGUGGUGUCCAUCAUAGAGACAUCAGUUGGUAUAAAACGUCUGAAUAAAUUCAUGAAUUGCGACGAAUUGAACCUCAGCGCGGUGGAACACGAUCCUAAAGAACCGAACCCUAUCGUCAUCGAGAACGGUCACUUCACAUGGAGCGAUGAGUCCGAGCCAGUGUUGAAGAACAUCAACCUUCAAAUACCACGCGGAGGUCUAGUAGCGGUGGUCGGAGCCGUUGGUUCAGGGAAGAGUUCCCUACUGUCGGCGCUAUUGGGAGAAAUGAACAAGAUCUCCGGACGUGUUAACACUAACGGUGUAAUAGCGUACGUGCCACAACAGGCGUGGAUACAGAACGCCACGCUCCAAGACAACAUCCUGUUCGGCAAACCCUUGGAGAAGGUUAAAUACAACAACGUCAUCAACGUGUGCGCUCUCAAACCUGACUUCGACGUACUUCCGGGGGGAGAUCAGACAGAAAUUGGAGAAAAAGGUAUCAACUUAUCCGGCGGUCAGAAGCAGCGUGUAUCGCUAGCCCGGGCGGUGUACUACGACGCGGAUAAUUACUUCCUGGACGACCCGCUCAGUGCAGUCGACUCACACGUCGGCAAACACAUAUUUGAUAAGGUUAUAGGUCCCAACGGUCUCUUAAAAGGCAAGACUCGUGUGUGGGUGACGCACAACGUGUCGUACUUGGCGCAGACAGACCUCGUGGUUGUGUUGAGGGACGGAGUGGUCUCCGAGGCUGGGACCUACCAGCAGCUGUUAGAGAAAAAGGGUGCCUUCGCUGACUUCCUCCUGCAUCAUCUCAGUGAUAAAGAGAGAACUACUCCUGAAGAGUUGGACGUUAUUAAGCAAGAAUUAGAAAGCAAGUUGGGUUCAGAGUUCCAGAACAAACUACAGAGGGCGCGGUCUUUGUCGGAGAGUACUUCGGAAUCAGAACAAGCGACGGGCGAUCGCAGUGGUAGCGUCAAAAGAAAAACUCCAGAAGCUACACCGAGUGAGUUGAAGGAAAAGAACAAACUGAUUGAAGCUGAAAAAACUGAGACUGGCAGUGUUAAAUGGAGCGUCUACAAGCACUACUUGACAAGCGUUGGAUUAGUAGCUUCAGCACUAACGGUGCUCAUGAACCUGGUGCUGCAGGUGUUCCAGGUCGGCUCCAACUACUGGCUGUCCGAGUGGUCCAACGACAACUCUAUGCUGGUAAAUGGUACUGUUGACAAAAGCAGGAGAGAUUUAUACUUGGGUGUGUACGGAGGUCUUGGGAUUGGACAAGUUGUGUCGGUGUCGGUGUCUUCGCUGGCGCUGUACCUGGGCACGCUGUGUGCUGCGCGGGCGCUGCACGCGGCGCUGCUCGCGGGCGUGCUGCGUGCGCCCACCAUCGGCUUCUUCGACUGCACGCCGGUCGGCCGCGUCCUCAACCGGUUCAGCAAGGACGUGGACGUGCUGGACAACGUGCUGCCCAUGACGCUGCGUGGAUGGACCUCCUGCUUCUUCUCGUCGUCGACAGAUGGCGUUAUUCAGCCGACACUCGCCACUAGCAUAGACGCCAUUGCAUCAAUUUUCGCUGAUUUAAUGCCAUUCUUGGCGGGGUGGCGCGCGGCGCGGAUACUGCACGAGCUAUUGUUGGGGAAAGUGUUGAAAGCCCCGUUGCAAUUCUUCGAAGUGACUCCACUCGGCCGCAUACUGUCUAGGUUUUCUAAAGACGUGGAUGUUGUCGACACCUCCCUCCCGUCGGAACUGUCCGACGUCAUGUAUUGCGCCUCCGAGGUUCUUGGCACAUUAUUCGUGAUAAGUUACUCGACGCCCAUUUUCCUUGCGGUGAUUCUUCCUAUCGGGGUAGUGUACUACGUGAUUCAACGCUUCUACGUGGCCACGUCACGGCAGCUCAAGAGAUUGGAGUCUGUUUCAAGAUCACCGAUAUACUCUCACUUCGGAGAAAGCAUCACUGGAGCACAGACCAUCAGGGCGUACGGCGUCACGCAAAGGUUCAUCGAGGAGUCUGAACACGGCGUGGACCACAACCAGUCGUGCUACUACCCGAGCUGCAUCGCCAACCGCUGGCUGGCCGUGCGUCUCGAGAUGAUCGGGAACCUCAUCAUAUUCUUCGCGGCCCUGUUCGCUGUACUCAGCCGAGAAACCAUCAACCCCGGCAUUGUGGGAUUAUCUAUCAGCUACGCGUUACAGAUCACACAAACCCUGAACUGGCUGGUGAGGAUGACGUCAGAGGUAGAAACGAAUAUCGUAGCUGUGGAGAGAAUCAAAGAGUACGCGGAAACUAAGCAGGAGGCGCCAUGGACGGUCCCAGCAGGCCCGGGCUCCACGUGGCCAGAGACCGGAGCCCUACAACUAGAGAGGCUGUCCUUAGGGUACCGCGCCGAGGAGCCCGCUUUAAAGGACCUCACAUGUGUAGUGGCGCCCGGGGACAAGCUGGGCAUAGUGGGACGGACAGGCGCCGGCAAGUCCACGCUCACACUGGGACUGUUUAGGAUCGUGGAGGCCAUGAGCGGUAAGAUUAUGAUAGACGGGAUAGACAUAUCGACGAUCGGGCUUCACCAGCUGCGGUCCAGGAUCACCAUCAUCCCUCAGGACCCGGUGCUGUUCGCGGGCACGCUGAGGAUGAACCUGGACCCCUUCGAGGUGUACUCGGACGAGGACAUCUGGCGCUCACUGGAACACGCGCAUCUGAAAACGUUCGUACAAGGUCUCCAAGCCGGUCUUCUCCACGAGAUCUCUGAAGGCGGUGAGAACCUAUCAGUGGGUCAACGACAACUGGUCUGCCUGGCGCGGGCGCUGCUGAGGAAGACGCCGCUAUUAGUACUGGACGAAGCCACCGCCGCCGUGGACCUCGAGACAGACGAACUCAUACAAAAAACCAUAAGAUCCGAGUUCGCGUCGUGCACAGUACUAACGAUCGCCCACCGUCUGAACACUAUAAUGGACUCGACGCGCGUCAUGGUGCUGGACCGCGGCCAGCUCGUGGAGUACGCUCCUCCUCAACAACUACUGCAGGACAAGAACUCCAUCUUUUACGGCAUGGCCAAGGACGCCGGGCUCGUUAACUAA